AUGUCCCGACUCUUGCGCCCAGCUUCCAGAAUUGUGUCUGCAGCAUCAGUGCGACCUGUAGCCCGCAGCGCCUUCCAGAGCUUUCCCCGAAUUCCGGCGAUUGUCCAAAGCAGAGGAUAUGCGAAGGAGAGCGGCGUAAAGGAAUACACAGUCAGGGAAGCUUUGAAUGAAGCUCUUGCGGAGGAAUUGGAGUUGAACCCCAAGGUCUUCGUCCUGGGUGAAGAGGUUGCUCAGUACAAUGGCGCAUACAAAGUUACCAAGGGACUGUUGGACCGAUUUGGUGAGAAGAGAGUUAUUGACAGUCCUAUCACCGAGUCUGGAUUCUGUGGUCUUACAGUUGGAGCCGCAUUGGCUGGUUUACAUCCUGUCUGCGAGUUCAUGACCUUCAACUUCGCCAUGCAAGCCAUUGACCAGAUUAUCAACUCGGCAGCAAAGACACAUUACAUGUCUGGUGGUAUCCAACCCUGUAACAUCACUUUCCGCGGCCCCAACGGUUUCGCGUCCGGUGUCGCAGCACAACAUUCACAAGAUUACUCAGCCUGGUACGGAAGCAUACCCGGUCUCAAGGUCGUCUCUCCCUGGAGCGCAGAAGACGCCAAAGGAUUACUGAAGGCCGCCAUCAGAGACCCUAACCCCGUCUGUGUCCUCGAGAAUGAGUUGUUAUACGGCCAAUCCUUCCCUAUGAGCGAAGCCGCACAAAGAGACGACUUCGUCAUCCCGUUCGGCAAAGCAAAAAUCGAGCGUGCAGGAAAGGACCUUACCAUCGUCACUCAGUCUCGCUGCGUCGGCCAAUCCCUCAUCGCUGCCGAGGCCUUAAAGAAGAAAUAUGGCGUCGAGGUUGAAGUUAUUAACCUCCGCUCCAUCAAACCCCUCGAUAUCGAGUCAAUCGUCAAAUCUGUAAAGAAAACCCACCGUAUUAUGGCCGUCGAGUCCGGUUUCCCGGCCUUCGGUGUCGGCGCUGAGAUCCUCGCCCUGACUAUGGAAUACGCCUUCGAUUACCUUGAUGCGCCCGGUGUGAGAGUUACGGGUGCUGAGGUGCCUACACCGUAUGCGGCUAAGUUGGAGGAUAUGGCCUUCCCUAAUGAGUCGGUGAUUGAGAACUACGCCAAGAAGCUGUUACGGUUGUAG